AUGUUCUGUUUCUGGAUGAGGAGUGAUGAUGACAUCCUGGCGGAGCCAGACAUUAACGAUGAGCAGGGUGAAGGUGAAAUUCCCCACGGCACCUGGCGCUUCAAAUCCCAGGAGCUGGUGCGAGCCCAUGUGCAGCCGGGCCGCUUCGUGCAGUGGGUCUACGAUGCCGAGGAUGUCGAGAAGGGCGAGCUGGGCCAGGUCGUUUUUGGAGAAGGCAUCAAUGACCAGCGGAAGGUCAAGGCCAAAGGCAGCUGGGGGUGCAAACUCAAUCACUUGUUCGCCAAUGAGCUGCAGAUGGGAAGCUUCGUGGUGUGGUUAAACUGUUAA